AUGAUAGUCUCCAUUUUCCUUGCUAUGGUGCUGUGCUCGGAAAAUGGCUCCACUUCCCAGACCAUUGACUGCACGUCUUUAAGAGAGCAGUGCCUAAGUGAUGCAAAUGGAUGUAAACAUGCAUGGAGAAAAAUGGAAGAUGCAUGCAAUGUUUCAGACCCAGGUAACCCCUGCAAGAUGAAGGAUUCAUCAAACUGUAACCGGAGCAUCCAGUCCUUGGUGGAAAACAAUUUCCAGUUUGAAGACUGUCUCUGCACUGAUAACCUCUUUUGUACUGUUAACAAAUUGCUUGGGAAAAACUGCAUCAAUGAGUCAGAUAACAUGAAAGAGGAUAAUCAAUCCAGGUGGAAUCUGACCAUUCUUCCCUAUCAUGGAAUCAAAGGGAUCCAGUCCUGUUUGGAAGUGGCAGAGGCGUGUGUAGGGGAUGUGGUCUGUAAUGCACAGUUGGCCCCUUACCUUAAAGCUUGCUCAGCAAAUGGAAAUCUGUGUGAUGUGAAACACUGCCAAGCAGCCAUACGGUUCUUCUAUCAAAAUAUGCCUUUUAACAUUGCCCAGAUGUUGGCUUUUUGUGACUGUGCUCAAUCUGAUAUACCUUGUCAGCAGUCCAAAGAAGCUCUUCACAGCAAGCCAUGUGCAGUGAACAUGGUUCCACCCCCGACUUGCCUCAAUGUAAUUCACAGCUGCCGAAAUGAUGAAUUAUGCAGGAGGCGCUAUAGAACAUUUCAGUGGAAAUGCUGGCAGCAUGUGACUAGAAAGUGCCAUGAAGAUGAACUCUGCAUCAGUACCUUAAGCAAGCAGGACCUCACUUGCUCAGAGAGUGAUGACUGCAAAGCAGCUUACAUUGGUAUCUUGGGGACAGUCCUUCAAGCACAGUGUACCUGUAGGACCAUCACACAAAGUGAAGAAUCUUUGUGUAAGAUUUUCCAACAUAUGCUUCAUAGAAGAUCAUGUUUCAAUUAUCCAACCCUGUCUAAUGUCAAAGGCAUUGCAUUGCAUAAAAGAAAACAUGCGAAGGAAAUAACUCUAAGUGGAUUUCAGUCCCCCUUCAAUGGAGAAGUAAUCUAUGCGGUCAUGUGCAUGACAGUCACCUGUGGAAUCCUUCUCCUGGUUUUGCUCAAGCUGAGAACUUCCAGAAUAUCAAGUCAAACAAGAGAUCAUUCACCAGUCCAAAUUCUGGAGGACUUAUGA